UCGACAUCCGGUUCUUGUAAAUCAUAAUUGAUGAAUCUUCAAACCAUUAUUUAGUUCAUUUCAACCAUAAGAUUGUAGUUAUAAUGACAUCAAUGAAAGAUAAAGUUAUACUAAUUACUGGUGCAAGUGCAGGGGUUGGUGCAGCGUGUGCUGAACAUUUUGCAUCCUUAGGUGCUAAACUCUCAAUCACUGGUAGAAAUGAAGAACGACUUAACAAGAUAAAGGUUUUGUGCAUUGAAGCAUGUAAUGAUGAAUCAAAUAUUUUAGCUACAAAGGGCGAUGUCACAAUUACAGAAGAUUUAGAAAGAAUCGUUACAUAUACUUUACAGAAGUUUGGCAGACUUGAUGUGCUUGUGAACAAUGCUGCAACUCUCAAAACAGGAGGCCUUCAAGACACAACUAUGGAAUUGUAUGACAGCAUGAUGAACACAAACAUGCGCUCAGCAUUUGAACUAUCGAGGCUUGUGGUUCCAUACUUGAAAAAGACAAAAGGUGCAAUAGUGAACGUAUCCAGCGUUGCAGGUCCACGUCCAUUUCCAAAGAUCAUGGCAUAUGCUGUAAGUAAGGCAGCCAUGGACCAUUUUACUCGAUGCCUUGCUCAAGAACUGGCUCCAGAUGGUGUUAGAGUCAACUCAGUCAAUCCUGGAACAGUAGAUACAGAGAUGUAUGUGACCAAUGGUAUUAUGACGCCUGAACAGUUUGCAGAGUAUAAGGAGAGACAAUGUGGGGUGCAUCCACUUGGUAGAAUAGCUUCAGGGAAAGAUGUUGCUCAGGCUGUCGCAUUUCUUGCUUCAAGCGAAUCUUCUUUCGUGACAGGAACUAACAUGUUAGUGGAUGGGGGAAGAGCAGGAGUCACGCCACAUUUAGUGACCAAGGAAUAAAGAUUAUAUGGACAUCUAAUCAUCUGAGAAGUGAUAUCUGACAAGUAUUCCACAUCCACGCAAUUCCCUUCUCCACGCCUUGUCAUUUUUGUUGUUCUUUGUAAGGACGUCCUUGUUCAUUGUAAUUCAUUAAAAAUCAACACUCAUACGAUUUUCAAUGUUGACGUCAAUAUAAGUAUUGAUUACAGGUCAUGUAGAGAGUCAGUUUGAUUUACAGCGAAUAGCUUGACUUUUAAUUGCACAACUGGCAUGGUGACCUGUAUGAGUAGAUCCCAUCUACAAACUGUAUGUUAGAACUGUAGAAGCCUAGCAAGUAAUUUAA